CCUUCCAUGUUCUGCUUCUCUAUGGGAUGUCGAAAAUUGCGCUUCGGGGAACAGUUUCCUCUGCACUAAGUGUCUUGCAGUGGCACUCGAACUUUUUACAACAAAAAUCGAAAUAUAGCCGCGAGUAGGCCGACGGGUUCACGGAAAACAGCGAAAGUAUAGAAAUAUUGUUGGAAGUCAUUGUGAGAGCAUGCAGAUGUGACUCGAUGCGAAAAUUCCCGUUUUUCAUUCACGAGAAAAAAAUUAAUUGCUUAAAAAAAAACUGAAUGCAAUUGGUCAAGGGAAAAUCCGCCAAUUACAAAAUCCUGCAGAUAAGAGGUAUUGCAGUGCAGAUACUGGAAAAAAAUGUCCUUGAAAAAAUGGUUCCAUGAAAAUGUAUUGCACAUAUAAGUCUUUUUUAAAAUGCUGUUCUGUUAAAUGUACAGUAUUAAACUUCAAAUUGUACAUUGGCACCGAGAUUGAGGUUCGUACCGCUAGAGGACGCUCGUUCGACACCACUCAUGAAGAAUCACUGUUAACAGAUUAUUGAAAAAAAAACCCUUGGCACAUGUCAUAUUUCAUAUUUUCUUAACAGUUGAUGUCAUUCAGGCUAAGACCGGUAGACCCUUUGGACUGCCCACCACAGGUAGACAGACAAUGGACAGUUUCUAUUUUUAUAGAAAAAUGAAUUUGAACGUUUCUUCUUCACUUGCAUGUUUUUGGAUCGUAAAAAAAAGAAGCUGCAGAAAAACCCACACAGGAAGGCCGAAAUUUGACCCUUGGACAGUAGAACUGCAGAUGUGUAACAGAACCAAUUAGAAAGUUCUUCUGCUUGCAUGGAUCCACUUUUUGGGUUUGACUCCAGCCUCUUGCAUGUCAUUGACGACAAACAACAGCAAACGUCAUUUUUACAGAACGCUUCAAACACAAGUGAAGCCUAAAACGCCUUCACAGUGAAUAAUAAUUCACACAAAUGUUGUUUGUUUUAAAAAUCCAUGUAUUGAGAAAAAGUCAUUUUUAAGGCAAGAAGCCUCGAUCUGCGCAUCUCAAGGGGUACGACAAACUCGUAGCUAACACCGCCCUCUUGUGGACAGAAUGGAUAAUGCAAGAUAAUUCGCGCUUGAGUGCUUUCCGUCCUUUCUGCGAUGCCGUACCGUGGCUGGUCACGUGACCUUGUUGACCCGGGACGACCGAGUGAGCGAAGCUGGAGUAAGCUUGUUCAACAUUUUAUGUCCAUAUAUAUAUAUAUAUCUUGGCCGCUUAUCCUCACAAGGGUCCUCAGAAAGUGUUGCAGCUGGGCCACCCUGCCGUUAAACAUUUCAUAAAGAACUUUAAUUAUUCCACGCCGUAGUUUGGCUUUCAUUCCAAAUGGAGCUCGUCGGUGACGGUACCCCUCGAGCAGGUUCAUGAUUGGGCUUCGCGGCGCUGUUCGAGUUUCGUUUGCCGAGUUUGCGAGCACAAGAUGAGGUCGCUGAACUACGUGCAGCGCGUUACUUUGGACUUCUCGGGCACGCUCUUCCCGCACGCCAUCUGCCUGGGAGAUGCCGACAACGACGGGCUGAACGAGCUGGUGGUGGGCGACACCAGCGGCAAGCUGCACGUGUACAAGAACGACGACAGCAAGGCGUGGAUCACCAGAACCUGCGUGGGCACGCUGACGUGCGUCGCCGUGGGAGACGUGUGCAACAAAGGCAAGAACUUUGUGGUGGCCGUGGGAGCGGAGGGCUGGUUCCACCUCUUCGACCUGAGCGCCGCCAAGGCCGACUCGUCCAGUCAGCACGAAGGUUUGGCCGGCGACGAGCAGAAGCCUUUCUUCACGCAGCACAUCCCCGCCAACACCAAAGUCAUCCUCAUCAGUGACAUCGACGGCGACGGCCGCAGCGAGCUGGUGGUGGGCUACACCGACCGGGUGGUGCGAGCGUUCCGAUGGGAAGAACCUUCGGGCGCUUCCGACGCGGGAUCGGGUCAGCUGAUUCUGCUCAAGAAAUGGCUGCUGGAAGGACAGGCGGACAGCCUGUCGGUGAACCCGGGUCCCGAGGGCCUGCCGGAGCUGAUGGUGUCGCAGCCCGGCUGCGGCUACGCCAUCCUGCUGUGCUCGUGGACGCAGCGCGACUCGCCGGCGCCCCCCGACGGCGAAGAGGACGCGCGGGCCACGGGCGGCAGCGACGGGCCCUCCCGGGAUGUGAUUCUCCAUCUGACCAGCGGGCGGAUCCACAACAAGAACGUUUCCACGCAUCUCAUCGGCAGCAUCAGCAAAGGCUCGAAAGAGGAAUCUUCGAAAUGCGGCCUGUUUGCUCUCUGCACUUUGGACGGGACGCUGAAGCUGAUGGACAGCUCCGAGCAGCUGCUGUGGUCGGUGCAGGUGGACCAUCAACUCUUCGCCCUGCAGAAACUCGACGUCACGGUUUUUUUUGUUUUGUUUUGUCACUGUUUUGUCACUCCGGCAAAGGUCCAGAAAGGUCCAAUGUUCCGUGUUUUUUUUUUUGUGUGUGUGUGUGAUUUCAGAGGGACGGGCGCGAGGAGGUGGUGGCGUGCGCCUGGGACGGCCAGACGUACAUCAUCGACCACAACCGGGCCGUCGUGCGCUUCCAGUUUGACGAGAACGUCAACGCCUUCUGCGCCGGUCAGUACACGUGCAAGGAGGGCAAGAACAGCCCGUGUCUGGUCUACGUCAGCUUCAACCACAAGAUCUUCGUGUACUGGAAGGUGCAGCUGGAGCGCAUGGAGUCCACCAACCUGCUGCGCGUGCUGGACGAGCGGCCCGACUUCAGGCGGCACCUGGCGGCGCUCGGAGUCGGUGGCGAGGACCCGGCGGCCGUCAGAUCUCUGCUGUCCGACGUCCUCUACAAGGAUGCGCACUGAUCUUCUUCAUCAUGUCUUUCCUGUCUUGAGGAUGCCAGUAAACAUUUGGCGGCACUCUUCCUCUUCCUCCUCCUCUUUUUUUUUUUUUGUUUAUUUAAGUCAUCCGCCGUCAAUCAAACGUGACAGGCGUGUUGAAGCGCUCCGGUCACCGCCUCCUCCUCCUCCUCCUCCUCCUCCUCCUCCAUCUUUUCCACCAGUCAAUCUUCGUUUCGUAACCUCCGGCAGGAUGACGGUCGCCCGCGACGACGACCCUCGUCCCGCGUGGACCCGACCCCCGAUGUCAUGGCGACACGGCGGGAUCGGAGCGCGUUGAACGCGGCGGUGGGGACCCGCGACAUUUCUCGUGCGCGAGGGGGAGUUUAAAGGGGCGGCGCCGGCGGCAGACAGGAGAGGCGGAACCUCGUCGUCAAUCGGGCCGGCUGGCACCCCGCCAAAUUAAAAUGCGUUCAUCCAUUGGUGGGAGAAGGGGGGGGGGGGCUGGCGCUAUUUAUACCUCUCAUUACAUCAUGUGGUGAUUGAUUAGUGAAAUCAUUUGAUUUAUACAUUUCAUAUUUUACUGCAUUAAUAUUUGCUUGAUUAAACAUUGUUUAGAAAUUACUAUUUGACUAAACUUUUCUUUUCAAUUUGUCAUCGUAUUUAUGAGUUUUAUUUUUACUCAUGUUUGUCAUUAAAUUUGCUAAUUUAAAAAAAUCUAACUUAAAUAUACAUCAAAUAUUCUAUGCCAUUGUUUUUACAUCUAUGAACAAAAAAUGUACAGAUGUAAAAAUUGAUAUUCAUCUCAAAGUGUUCAAUCAUUGAA